AUGCAAGCGUCACAAGAGCAACCCAAAGAAACACAAAUUUUACAAGAAUCAGAACAACCAAAAGAAGUCAUUGGCACCCCAGUCGAGGUCCAAGCUCAAAAGGCGGAGAUGUUGUGUUGUGUGUGCGGAGCACUUAUUGAAGUGAACCCUUCGUGCAUGUGUGCCAAUUGUAUUCAAACCGCCGUUGACAUCACUGAAGGUAUUCCAAAGCAGGUCACCAUCAGUCAGUGCAAAGGGUGCAAAAAGUUUUUGGCGGGCACCACGUGGUUCUAUUGUGAGCCCGAGUCUAAGGAAUUGAUGACGUACUUAGUGAAGAGAGUGAAAGGGGUGAACAAAUUGAAGUUGUUGAAUGCGUCGUACAUUUGGACCGAAGAGCACUCCAAACGGCUUAAAAUCAAAUUGACUGUCGAGAAGGAAGUCUUCAAGAAUACGCUGAUUCAACAAGAUUUCACUGUCGAGUUUAUUGUGGUCAAUGCCUUUUGUGACAACUGUCAUAAAGUCGAAGCCAAAAACACGUGGCAGAGUGUCGUCCAACUUCGUCAACACUCCGAACACAAAAAGUCGAUUGCCACGUUGGAGACUGCAAUUUUGAAGGCAAAGGCGCAUCAAAAUGCAACUGAUGUCAAAGAAAUGCCGGAUGGUAUGGACGUCUUUUUCUCGUCCGUCGACCAUGCAAAGAAAUUUGUCGAAUUUUUACAGACAUUAGUCCCAUUGAGGUAUCAGCAAUCCAAGAAGUUGGUCUCACAAGAUGAGCACAAAAACACGUAUGAUUUCAAGGUCUCCUUUUCAGUUGAAGUUGUUCCUAUUUCGCGUUUGGAUUUGGUCUUCUUACCAAAAGUGGUUGUUGCGAUGUUGGGAGGGGUUGGCCCAUUAAUGGUGUGCACACAAGUUGCUGGGACUAUUCAUUUGAGAGAUGUGAUCAAAGGCACGGAGGUGGAAUUAUAUGCCCACCAAUUCUUCCAACACCCAUUUAAGACGCUGUGCGAUUCAAGAAGAUUCUCGCAUUAUUACAUUGUCGAGCUCACUCGAGAUUUCCAAAACAGAAACAACCCAAUCUCUGACGCGCAGAUCAUUAGAAGUGAGGACUUUGGUGUGACUGAGGAUUACAUUUAUGUCAAAACCGUGUUUGGAGACAAACUGAAAGAAGGCGACAAUGCGUAUGGAUACGAUUUGAUUAAUAUAAAUCCAAACGAUGAUGAAUUUGAAGAUUGGCAAGCAAAGCAAAUAGAAAACAAAACAAUCCCCGAGGUGAUUUUAGUUGAAAGAAUUAAGUGA